AUGGAAGAAGUGGUAGUAGAGAACAAGCUUAUUCAAUCAAAUCAAACAAGUGCUGUGAUUUCUCAGCUGGAAUCAACCGUGAAGCAGCAGCAGCAGAGUUCAUCUCCUGAGUCCGAUGAAGUGAUCAGUGGCGCCGGAGAAUUGAGCAGAAGCAGCGGCGGUGGUGGCAACAACAUCCCCGUUCUUGUUCCCCUCCAAGUUCCCAAGGCUCUCAAGUACCCAGAAAGGUACAGGAGUCCGACUGAUGCGAUGGUUUCUCCGAUCACGAGAGGGCUUAUGGGAAGGAAAAGAAGGGGUGGAGGAAAAGGAGCUCCAUUACCUUUGCCGCCCAUCGGCACAAAUCUGUCCCAAAAGCUCCAGGCGGCAGACUAAAGUGCAGAUCGAGGUUCAAGUGGAUUCCUCUUCCAUACUGAUGGUGGUUUGUAAUUUAGCCUAUAUAUGGGUUGUAAAUUGUUGUAACAUCUCUGUUGUGCUCCCACUUUUGGUUGAUGGGUUCGUUUAUCCCUUCUCAAGUUUAGGUUUGGCAGCUUGUCUGCUUAGUUCUUGCAAUGGUGUGACAAUCACAAUCAUAGAGUAAAAAUAAUCAUAUGAUAAGGAGAAAGUGAUCAGUGAUAAGCUUCAUUAGAGCGUAAUGUAAGACUAUAUG